AUGGUGCUGACUGGAUGGAGGGCGGUGCUGUUGUCCUUCUUCUUUUUUUUUUUUGGCUGUGGCAUUGUUGUUGGAUUAUUUUUCUUUCCUUGUGCCCUCUUUAUGGCAGGAAGUCGACAUGGGCGAGAGAAAGGCAAAUGGUGUUGUUUUUGUUUUUUUGAACCUUCACGAAUGUUUUGCCUUGGGGAGAGAAAUUCUCUUUUUUUUUUUUUUUUGUGUGUAUUUGCUCGGUUUCAGUUUGUUUCUUUUCUUUUCUUGUUUUUUUUUUCUUUUUCAUUGUGGCUUUCCAUGCGUGUGAAUGCUGCGAGUAGGCCAGUGGCAAGGAAUACAUUACUCUCACGGAAAGGUACACACAGAGGGAAGGAGGGAGGGAGCCAUUGUUGCUGUUUUAUUAUUUAUUAUUAUUUUGGUUUUGUUGGAUUUACAAGAAACACACACGACUUUUUUUUUUUUGCGGUAUUUGUGUUUUAUUUUAUUUUAUUUUUUAUUUUUAUUUUUUUUUUUUGCACCACUUCCCUGUCGUUCGACGUCAACGGGUUCAUGGAAGAAGUUUCUGUCGUGCCAGUGGAGGUACGAUGCCGCCCGCCACGUGUCAACAGGACGGAGCUGUCAAAAGUCAUCACAAGUUUUAUACGUCAGCGCCACGCUUUUAUUCACCCGGGAGAAGUCCUCUCGCUUGACACCGCCUCAGACCUCAUAGCCUCGACGGUGGAGCUGCUUCGGGUGUGCGAUGUGUACUGCCCGCAGCUCGGCAUUCCCGCGGAAGAAGCGGACUACGCCAUGGUGAUGUACACAUUGUACACCGAUGAGAGUUGUGGGGAUUCGCUGAACUCUGUGGGGCUCGAUGAGGAUGCUGGCGCGGGGCUGGCGCCCUGCAGUGUGUUGUCGCUACCAAGCGUCUCCCUGGAAGGACUAUGGGAGACCCUGUUUUAUGGUGAAACACGAAGCGAUUCCGUCCGUCUUAAACGUGAUCUGCUGCAGUACAUGCGUACAGCGAUGGUGUUCUCCAGGGCUGGUGUGGACCCACACAUUGUUGCGUGGAAUCGGCUGAUUUUGCUUUACGGCCCACCUGGCACAGGCAAGACAUCGCUCUGCAAGGCCCUUGCGCAGAAGCUGUCCAUUCGCCUCAAUGACAUGUUUCCUUUUGCCCAGUUGGUGGAGAUCAAUGCACACAGUCUCUUUAGCCGCUGGUUCAGUGAAAGCGGAAAGCAAGUCAUGCUUCUUUUCAAGCAAAUACAUGAAAUGGCUGAUAAACCGAACAGCCUUUUGUGUGUAUUGUUGGAUGAGGUAGAGAGUUUGGCGGCGACACGACAAUCUGCAUUGAGGGGAAAUGAACCAUCCGAUGCCAUUCGUGUCGUCAACGCUCUCCUCACGCAGCUGGACAGUCUACAACGUCGGCACAAUGUGGUGGUAUUUGCCACCAGCAACAUCACGGGGGCCAUUGACGUGGCAUUUAUUGACCGCGCCGAUAAAAAAAUCUUUAUUGGUGCACCGGGCUUUCAAGCACGACUCGAGCUUCUAAAGUCAAGUACGCAAGAGAUGAUUCGACGGGGGUUGGUUAUAUUGGAAGCCUCCUCUUGUGGGGAGUUUAUCAAUGAGGAGACGUGGCCGCCAGUGGUAUCACGUGACAUGGAGUUGGGCCAGAGUGAGUUGCUGCAGCUGGAGUCCAUUGCCAGGCAGUGUGAGGCAUUUAGCGGCAGAACCCUGAAGAAGCUGCCUUUUUUGGCGUACAGCGAAUACGCGAUGGGCGGCUGUGGCGUUGCAUCGCACCUCAUUUCAUUCUCGACAUUUAUGAACGGCCUGCAGAUGGCUGUUCGAGCCGAGGUGUCGGCGCGGGAGACAAUGAUGUCCUCUUAG